AUGAGCAACAUUCUGGAUCGAGCAAGGAAACUUGUGCAAGCAACAAAUUCUGAGAGGAUCGGGCAACAGAACUUAGAGCGCGAGCUGUUACUCAGUGAAGGAAAUAUCGAAGCAUUGCCUGAUAAAGGGCGGAGAGUACAGGAAUGUUUACGUCAGCAUGAAGAAGAAAUCAAGAUGUUAACACGCGAAUUGGAAAAUACUUCUUUAAUGUCACGUUGUAGUAGUAGUAGUAGUAGUUCUAGUAGUCAAAAAACCGGAGCACAUUUGAUGAAGGAAGAAUCAGAGUCUUUCGAAGAUGAGCCAGACUCGGAUUAUUCGGAUAAUGCAUAUUUGGAUAUGGACUCUAUGCCAAUGAGACCAACCAUGUUUCCCGAAUUAAAACUGGGCAAACAAGCACAAGCCACAAGGGAUAAAGAACUUGCUUUAACAGUUGAACGAUUACAAGAUUUACACGGAUCGCUCGUAGCUCGUCCAUCAGAGAAUGAAAAAGCAGAAGAUCCAAGAGGAUUAAAGGUACAAUUAAUGCCACAUCAACAGCAUGCUCUCGCAUGGCUUUUGUGGAGGGAGCAACAAAGACCAUCCGGUGGUGUUUUAGCCGACGAUAUGGGCUUAGGUAAAACACUGACAAUGAUAGCUUUGAUUAUGACUACUUUGGCUAAAAAAGAUCUUGAUGAAAGUGAUGAUUAUCUUGAGAGGAAAGAUGACGAUGAUGAUGCCGAAUGGAUUAACAAGAGUAAACCUUCAUAUCCCAAAGGUGGUACUUUGGUGGUAUGUCCCGCGUCUUUAUUGUCGCAGUGGGAAAAUGAAGUGCUGAACAGAUGCAAACGCGGUCUUCUGUCUGUAGUAGUACAUCACGGCAGCAAUCGACAGAGUGUUCCCAAAAAAUUGGCAAAAAACGACAUAGUCAUCACGACGUACAAUAUAUUAUCUCGAGAACAUAAAACAAAUUCUACAUUAUAUAAGAUCAAUUGGAAAAGAGUAAUUCUCGAUGAAGCUCAUAUAGUAAGAAACCACAAAAGUCAAGCGUCUGAAGCAGUUUGUGCGCUCUUAGCAAGCAAACGAUGGGCUCUUACUGGCACGCCUAUACAAAAUAAGGAACUGGACUUAUACUCCAUUCUGAAGUUUCUUAAAUGUUCGCCAUUUGAUGAUCUUCGCGUUUGGAAACGAUGGGUAGACAAUAAGAACGCUGCGGGUCAUCAAAGAUUGGCUACGGUCAUGAAGACGAUAAUGUUGCGAAGAACUAAACAAGAAUUAAUGGCAAAAGGCGAAAUGGAAAGUUUACCCGAUAAGUUUAUUGAGGAGGUGAAAGUGGAACUCGACCGUCAAGAAAAAUUGGUAUACGAAAAAAUUUUAGUUUAUUCCCGUACUUUGUUUGCACAAUUUUUAGCUCAACGCGCAGAGAAACAACACAUGUUUGAUUUGUACGGUGGGAAGUAUGAUAAGCCUGCCUUUCUCUCAAAUCCAUACAAAAAGACUCAGUUUAACAAAGCACAAAAUAAAUUACUGUCAUUGCACGCCGACGUUAAAACACAUGAGAUUUUGGUGCUCCUGUUACGAUUACGUCAAGUUUGUUGCCAUCCAGCAUUAAUCCAUGCAAUGCUGGACCAGGAAGAUGUGAAGCAAAGCGGUAUAAUGGAGAUGGAAAACGUAGAUGCUGAUUUAUUAUCUCAAUUGCAUAACAUAUCGCUCAAUGCAAUUGAGAAUGCCGACGAGGAAGAAGAUAUCGGUAUUGAUAAAAACGUAAUUGGGAAUUUACUCACCUCCGAGAAUCCAGUGUUUGAUGAUGAUCGCAUUAGCUCUAAGAUGAAGAUGCUCCUUGAUAUGGUUAAAGAAAUUUUACAAAAAGGAGAUGAUAAAUUAAUCAUCGUUUCUCAAUGGGCUAAGCUGCUGGACAUCAUUGCCUCACAUCUGUCCUCAAUAGACGGUGCUACAUUUAAGCUAUUUACAGGAAGUGUCGCUAUCAAAGAUCGACAGGGUAUAAUGGACUCUUUUAACAGUCAAAAUUCCGGUCCGAGAAUUUUGUUACUGUCACUUACAGCUGGCGGAGUGGGAUUAAACUUGGUUGGCGGCAAUCAUUUGCUGUUAUUUGACAUCCAUUGGAACCCACAAUUAGAGACGCAGGCACAAGAUAGGAUUUACCGUUUUGGUCAAACAAAGGAUGUUUAUAUUUACAAAUUUAUUUGCGUUGAUACAAUUGAAGAGCGUAUUAAAGCAUUGCAAGAACGUAAACUUGAAAUAGCGACGAACGUGUUGAGCGGUGCCAAGAGCAACGCUGCUACAAAGCUUACUCUGAACGACCUCAAAUCUCUAUUUGGCUUCUAAUUUAUUUCGUCUUGUAAGAGAACAAAAGGAUGAUAGUUUUAAGUUGUAAAAAAUGUUUUACUUAAUGAUAAUUAUAUAGAAUUUUAAGCAUAAAAGUGUAAAGUAUCUUCUACAUUAAAUACUAUUUUUUAAAUA